UCAUGCUGCUGCCAGGUCCAGAGUCUCUCAUGGGUCCCUGGUACGGCCUCACCAUUGCUGCUGUCUCCAUCGCCACACUCUGCCAUGUGCACUUUCAGGUCUCCUCACACUCCUGCUGGUUUCCAUUUUGUCAUAGGUUGCUAGGCCGAUUACAGGCCUCCCAUAGGGUGCUGCCAGGGCCCCAAAUCUGGCCAUGGGCCCCCGUUACCGCCCUCGUCACGCUGCUGCUGGGUCCACAGUGUGACACUGGGUUCCCUGUACCGACCUCCCCAUUGCUUCCCGCACUCUGCCAUGUGCCCACUUUGAUGAGGUCUCCUCACACUCCUGCUGGUUUCCAUUUUUUG